CGCGUCUUGCGUCACUGGAGUCUGUGAUCUAGAGGAGGCGCGAUUCGGUUCCCUCUGCUUUCACUCAAUCAACAAGCUGUGCGUUUCCGAGAGGUUCUGGCAGGUUAACGGCAGAAAAAAAAACAAUCCUUUCACUGAUCAGAAGAAAUGGAGUUGGGGAAAUUGAACCGAACCUCUGCAACCACACGGUAACGCGAGCGUCGAUGAGGAAAGGACUAAAGAAUGGCUGCUCCUGACCUCCUUGAUCCUAAAACAGCCACUCACAACUCCAAACCACGCCUGUCGUUCUCAGCUCAGCCUGUGCUGCUGAAGUCUCCAGAUGACUUUGAGCCUCGUGUGACUGUUAUGCGCUGGAAAACAGUGCUGAGCGUCUUCCUGCUAGUGGUACUGUACUUGAUCGUCGGAGCAACUGUGUUUAAAGAGCUGGAGCAGCCUCAUGAAAUGUCCCAGAAACUGGCCAUCCUGGUGGAAAAACUGGAAUUCCUUGAGCAGCAUCCAUGUGUCAACUCAUCAGACCUGGAAAACUUAGUAAAGCAAGUGGUGUCAGCGUUACGAGCAGGAGUGAACCCUUCAGGAAACUCAUCCAAUCAGAGCAGUUUAUGGGAUCUCAGCAACUCCUUCUUCUUCGCUGGAACAGUUAUUACAACCAUAGGAUUUGGGAAUAUCUCACCUCACACAGAGGGUGGACGCAUCUUCUGUAUUAUCUAUGCCCUGUUGGGAAUUCCUCUGUUUGGGUUCUUGCUGGCAGGAGUGGGAGAUCAGCUUGGAACAAUCUUCGGAAAGGCAAUUGCCAAAGUGGAGAAAAUGAUUGAUAAGUGGAAUGUGAGUCAAACCAAGAUCCGUGUGAUUUCUACCGUUCUUUUCAUUUUGUUUGGUUGUCUCCUCUUCGUCACCCUGCCGGCCAUCAUAUUCAAACACAUUGAGGGCUGGAGUGCACUGGAGUCCAUCUACUUUGUCGUCAUUACCUUGACAACCAUCGGCUUUGGAGAUUUUGUCGCGGGCGAGGGUGAGCGACGCCAGCAUGAAGAGAACAGUGGUGGUUCUGAUUUGGAGUACCUGGACUACUACAAGCCUCUGGUGUGGUUCUGGAUCCUGAUUGGUUUAGCAUACUUCGCUGCUGUUCUCAGUAUGAUUGGAGACUGGUUUCGUGUCAUAUCCAAGAAAACAAAAGAGGAGGUAGGAGAAUUUCGAGCUCAUGCCGCUGAAUGGACUGCUAAUGUGUCUGCUGAGUUUAAAGAGACACGCCGGCGAUUGAGUGUCGACAUUUACGACAAAUUCCAGCGUGCUGCAUCUAUCAAGCGCAAACUUUCUGCUGAAAUGAACCUUAGCCCACCUGUCAAUCCUCAGAUGACACCAGGGAAACGUGCACAUUCAGUUAACCUUGGAGAUGAGAGAGAGAUGUAUCCCUACACGCUUGUACGAAACGGAAGCUUAUUCCUCAACGGUCUCAUCCCGGAUUAUGCUGACCAUCGGGAUAUCACUAAAACACAAACAAAAUGAACUGGAAUUAAAGAUCUUCACUGUGAAAAGUUCAGGUGGUUCUGUGAAAAGAUAAGAUUUUCAGAAAAAAGAAUACGACAGAAAAAAUAAGGGGGCAAAAUAAAGACUUCACAUUUUAUAUAAAGAAAAUAUGCCCUAACUUUUAGUGUGGACAAAAAUCAUUGUUUUCCAUUAACAGCCAUGCAGAAGUAGCCAUGUAUUCUAAUUAAUAAUUUUGUUAGCCACGUAUAACAAGUUAUUUAUAUUUAUAUGAUUACACAUCAACAUACUGUAGAUUUUUCACAAGCUUUCUGUGGCAAGGCUCUUCACGGCAUGACAGUCUUUUUGCUGCAAGAAUGGGCUAAGAUUGAGCAACUGCAAUUGAAAUGAAUGGGAAUGCUAAUGGAGAGCUCUCCUGAGCACACUACAAGACUAUAUCUACAAAGCCUGACAUUUGGUUCUGCCAGCUUAAAGAAAUCACAACCAGAAGAGACACAGUCGACAGGUAGGUGUACCUGACUAUAGCAGACCUGCUGUCAGUCAUGUCAAAAUGAUCAUAUUUAUCAGAUGAGCACACAUGAACAUCACCACAAUGUCUUAAUUCCCAGUGACAGAGACUUCUUUAAGGAUAGAUUUAACCCUCCUAAGAAAAUAGGAUCACACAUUGGCUGCUGACUGGUUUUAUUUUAUUUAUUUAAUUAUUUUUAGAUCUUACAUAGUUGAUAAAUUCUGUUUCUCAAUUAUUUGUACACUCUCAAAAAAAGGUACAAAAGGGAUCACUGGGGCAAUACCCUUUCAAAAGGUACUGAUAUCAUACUGUUAUAUUUAUACUUGACUUGUUAAAAUUUACAUUUGAGCUAAUAAAAUACACCCUUUAGGGGUUAGUAAGGAAACACUGUGUAUCCCUAUAAGCCACUAUAUACAUAAAUUUGACUCGACUUAAUGCAUAUAGUCAAAGACACACAUUACUCUUUUAAAUGUUUUAUGAUCUCACCCAUUUAAUUUGUGUGUGUGUGUUUUCAAUAUUGUUGAUGAUACAUAGAUUUCACUCAAAAUAAUUAAAAACAAUGUCAAUGUCACAAAUGUCAAUGACUGCCUUACAGACCUUCCCAAUGAUUUCCUAUGAUUCACCUUUAACCACAGGCAGCCAAUGUGUGCCUUUUUUAUGACCGCUCAUCAAAUUGAAGGCUUCUCUGUCUCUCUCUCUCUCUCUUUCUCUCUCUCCCACUCUCCCCAGAUUUUGUAUUUAUAAAAAGUAACCAAGUUUUGGACUCAAAAAAUGAGUGAAAAGCUUUUGGGGCUAAUGCAGCCACUGAAUGUGAGGUCUGAAGUGGACUCGAAGGCAGCAGAAGUAUCUGAGCACAGGGUGCUGAAGUGUAGGGGGUCACUGUGGAGGCAGGUAUAAAAGUUCUUCUUGGAACAUAUUGCUCCAAAUAUAAUCAACAAAGCUUUUAACACUGCACAGUAUUUGUUUGUGCAGAGCUGCUUCAGUUGAACCAUUCCCAUUUUUGAUGUGCUGCAUGACUACUCCAGGCAUUUUUCCUGUGUCCUUGCUAUUCGCUUAAGUCAUGCUGUUUCUGAGGCCAAGCUGCUACUUCAGGUCAAGUGAGAACACUCUCAACAGCUGUUUAUGCUUUUAAAAAUUCACAGCGUACACUACAGUCUGUGGAUUCAUGACACCCGGGAAACAUGCUUUUUAACAAUUCAUAAAACAUUAAUGAGCCAUUUGAGAUUUUAGUAUGGACAUAAAGGUUAGGGUCAUGACUUACACAGUGGGUGUAUUUUAGGACCAUUUAUUAUUUGGUUAUGGGAUCUGAAGCAUUGUUUGGACUCACAACGAUGCAUGGCAUCAGACUUAAGUGCAUGGGAGAAGAGCAUGAAUGUUUGGUUGCAUGUGGAUUUAACCUUCUCUCUUUUUAACAUUAUUCAGAUACUCAUUAUGGUGUUCUCAAAUAGCGCUUACAAAAUCAGCUUUAGUGUACAAAGCAAUGGAUUGCACUGAAAAUUAAGUAGGAUACAAAAUAAUUUUUUUCAGUUGCUGAUAUAUAUCCUUGAGCGUGGCCAUCUUCAACAUAUGCAGAUUAGACAAGCUCAAACCAUUGACCUUUUCCCAUGCAGACACGGUGAAGAAGGAUACAAGGAGAGUAAUUGGAUUUCAGUGGGAGAACAUACCUUUUCGCGGAUCCUUAUCCUUAUGUUUUGUGUUUAAUUGGGAACAGGUACCUUCAGUUCAUGGUUAAUUAUUGUUUCCCAUAGCAACGCUGACAGGCUCACAGAAGGCCAUCCAGUGUGUAAUCAACUAAAGCUGUUUUGAUAUAAAGAGAGAACGCAUUUAAAAUAGUCAGCUACAGUUGAACGCUUUAUUUCAUGUGAAUCCUUUUAGCAAACAUACACUACCACUCAAAAGAUGGUACUUUUUACUUUUGGUCAUCUUUGGUGUCAGAUAUUUCUGCUGCCCUGGUCUAAAAAUCACCUUCUGCAAUCCUGACCAUGUUGUAUGUCAUGUAUUUAAAUGGAAAUUUACUUUGGUAACGCUUUAUUUUAAGGUGUGCUUGUUACACAAUACAUGUACUUAUUAUAAUAAUAACAACUAUAAAUUAUGCAUAACUUCAUGCAAGUAGCCCGAAGCCAAACCCUAAUCCUAACCCUAACUAUAAAAAAAGUACAUGUAUUUAAUUAAUAUUACUCAGUAAUUAAAUGUAUAAACACACCUUGAAAUAAAGUGUACCCACCUUUUGAAUCUGAUUAUGUAAAACAGAUUAGAUGUUAUUAGUGACCACUAGAAACAAUCACAUCUACUCUUACUGAACCUACUGGAUUUCUUUCAUGAUGGUUCAUUAUUGCUGUGCUGAUGCCUCAGUUGAAUGUAACUGUACUGUUCUGCUAAGCGAGCGCUGCAGUCUCUAUCAUCCACAUCGCCCGGCUGAGACGGAGAGAUGCAGUUGCCAUGGAGAUCUGAGACACGCUUUGAGCCACAGCUCCACUCUGCUGCGAGGAAUACUACGGUUGCCAAGCCAUGACCAUACAUUUAGCCCUCCUUGUACCCACUUGAUGCUCUUCAGGGAAUGAAGCGUUACAGAUAAACCACAUACAAGCCUGUUUACAGAUGAGAUGUGUCCUCAGAUGAUUUACUCUGAACGAGGCAGGAACUGAUGUUUCUCUCGUAGUAGACUCACAGCUGAAAGCAUCCACGACUGACGUUUAUAGAUGAAUUGUGCUUU